CUUGCGUAUUUCUUUAAUAUAAAUAAAAUCAAACUUGUUCACAUAAUACAGUUGUUGUACUAUGAAACGUAAUCAUUUUAUAAAAUUAAUUUUGCAUGCUAAGUUUUAUUCUUAAAAAAGUAUUGCAAUUUCAUAUCAACCAAAUAAACUCUACAAACCAUUAAAAAAUAAAUGUGUGAUAAAAGUUGCUUGACUAUUUUGGGUUUUUAGUUAAUAGUUUCUGAUAUGCGUUUGAUACUGUAAGUAGGAAGUUAAAUUUAUCACCGAAAAAUUCUUUUAGAAAUGAUACUUUCAGAAAAGUAAAAGAGCAUUCUUUUUUACAUAAAAAUUUACCAAAUGUUGCAAUUGCAAAAUUGUAAUGGCCUGGUACUACAAAUUUCUGGUCCGGAGGCCAUAUUUGGUAGUGUUAGCCAUAGCAAUUUUAUCGUUGGCUUGUAUAAUAGUUUCAUUAACAACGAAGGAUCUUCCAGAUUUUUCCAACCCUACACUUGGUUUUGAAGCCAGAGGGACAUCAAUUAGUCAAAGACUUACAGCUUGGCAUAAUUUAUUAGAAGAAACAAGAGUAGGUGGAAAGUUAGCUGAUGAUCCUAGUGAUUUAGGAAGAAUAAAAAUUUUAAAUGGAAAAGUCCAUAAACUGAGAGAAUUUAAAAAUAAAGGCGGGAAAAGGAAAAGUAAAAAAGAACGUAAAAAACAGUUAAGAGAAAAAAUCAAAAAACUGAAUAGGUUUAAAAAUGAGUUCAAAUACAGCUAUGAUUCGGGGUUUCAAGAAAUUCAUUUUAAGGAUUAUGAAACAAUCGAUGAUAACUUUGAUACGAGACUUAAAAAUAAAAGCUAUGAAUUUGGCUAUAAUAGAUCUUCUAUAGAUGAAGAUGAAAAGCAAAAUAUGGUUCAAUCUAAAAUUAGUAAAUGGAAUCUGUUCAAGCAUCAGCAACCUCCAGCUUUGUAUACAGACAUGCCAACUUUGACAGACGGAUUCUUUUGUGGUUCACCAACAAUAGGCUAUGCGCAUUUUGUUGUAAAAAGAAUCGGGCCUAAUUCAACAGACUCCAUUUUUGAAAUUAAUUCUCUCUUGGCAAUGUGCCAACUAGAGGAACAAAUUCAAUCUGUGGAAGGAUAUGAAGAUUUUUGUGAAAAGGAUAAUUUUUCUGAUCAAUGUUGUCGUCCUUGGUCUAUAUCCAAUUAUGUUGCACUUCUAUCAAAUAAAAGCUCUUGUUUUGAUAUCACAAAUGAAGAUGUAUUAAAUGUUUUAAAUUUACUUUCUAUAUGUUUUGAAUAUUUCAAUAAUUUUAAACUUAGCAGUGAUUGCAAUGAGAACCUUAAUUGUCACGUCCCAGUUGACUGUGUAAAAUACAACGCAGUGUUUAACAUUUUCCAUUAUCUAACGGACGUUAAUUUUAUGAAAACCAAUGAAUCAAAGGAAUUUUUAAAAUAUGCAAUGAUUUUUGUACCUGUAGCGCGCAGCACUACAAUUUUGUCUCUUUUUCAUAAGAUAGAGGAAGCUGAUCUUAAAAAUGAUUUGACCAUGGUGGCUGCAAUGGAUUUAGGCCUAAAGAAUGCUUUGUUUGAUGAAAUGUUAAUAGCUGAUGGUUGGCUUGUUGCUCUUGGAUUAAUUUUUGUAACUAUGUGUAUGUGGAUUUUCACUUCGUCGUUAAUAGUUACCAUAAUGACUCUUAUUGCUGUUCUGUUUUCAUUGGGGCUAGCUUAUUUCAUUUACACAUUAAUAUUUGAAAUAACAUUUUUUCCGUUUAUGAACAUUUUGGCUGUCAUUGUAAUUAUUGGUAUAGGUGCUGAUGAUGCUUUUAUUUUUGUAAAAAUAUGGCAAAGCACACUUGCUGAAAAAAUUCAAAAAGGAGACUCCGCAACAUCACCUGUUGGGGCUUCAACUUCAUCCUUUAAUGAGCCAGAUUAUUCAGAAACGUUAAAUUUUUUAAUGGAGACGACUUUUAGACACGCAGCAAUAUCAAUGUUUGUAACAUCUUUAACAACAGCAGGUGCUUUUUACACUUCUGUUGUUAGUUCAAUAACUUCUGUAAAAUGCUUCGGUAUUUUUGCCGGCACAGCUAUUGUUUCAAAUUAUUUGUUAAUGGUUACUUGGCUACCGGCAUCUGUAUCUAUAAUGGAAAGAGUAUCCUGUCACUUAGGGAAUUUUUUAUCGCCUAAUAUUAUUAGUAAAUUUCGAAAGUCAAUUAAAACAUUUGGAUCAAUUGUGGAAGAUUACGUAUUAAACGCAGUGCUCAAAAUGCCAUAUCUCUGGAUUGUUUUGUUUGGGUUUAUUGGGGUGUUUAGCUUUGUGAUAGUACUUUAUUGGCCAAGUUUGCAACUGCCAAAUACCGCGGAUUUUCAGCUUUUUAUUAGUGAUCAUCCCUUUGAGGCCUAUGAUGCUCAGUUUAAGGAUUUGUUCUGGUUUGAAAAAUUAGCUACUGCAAUAGAUAAUCCCAAACUGCCGUUAAGAUUUGUUUGGGGCAUAAAGCCAGUGGAUGACGGUGAUUUUUUGAAUCCAUAUUCUCGAGGAGAAUUGUAUUUUGACAAUAAUUUUAAUGUAUCUGAUGUUGAAUCACAAGUCUGGUUGUUGAAUUUUUGUAGAAAACUCAAACAGGAAUCUUUUUAUGGAAUACCUACGUUUGGUGUUCUUCUUCCAAACUGCUUUAUAGAAAACUUUAUUACUUGGAUGGACAGAAAAUGUCUAGAUCGAAUGGAUAAUGCAGAUCGCACGCCGUGCUGCGAAAUUUCGAAAUUUCCUUUUCGUCCUGAUAUAUUUGAAUACUGUUUACCAUUAAGCAUUUCCUCAUUGUAUUCAAGCCCAAGGCAUAUAUUUUUACCUGGGGUAGCCGGUCCGAAGUUUUCGCCGUCUACUCAUGUUAAUCAAAAUAAAUUAGCAACAAAAGAAGGCAAUGUUACAGUUUAUAAAAAUUAUGAUUUAUAUGAAAUGAACAACACAAAUGUAUUUCCACAAGUUAAAGCAGUGGUCAUAGAAUUUGACAGUAAUUUCACAUACACUAUGUCGUACUCGGAGGUCAAACAUUUUUUCGAAUUAACUCAGAGUUGGUUUAACAGAGAAAUCGUAAAUGCGCCUGCUAGUAUGCAAGGGGGUUGGUUUAUAAGUGAACUGGACUUUUUCGAUUUACAAGAUACGUUGUCCAAAGGAACAAUCUUGUCAAUUGCUAUUGCAAUGUGUGCAUCACUUUUGGUACUAUUAACUGUUACUUUGAAUGUAUUAAUAAGCAUUUAUGCAGUUGUAACCGUAACUUUUACAAUAUUUGUGACUGUAGCGAUAUUGAUAUUAUUUGGCUGGAGGCUUAAUAUAUUGGAAAGUGUAUCCGUCAGUACAGCUAUUGGCUUAGCUGUUGAUUUUAGUCUUCAUUAUGGUAUACAUUACAGACUGUCACCGAAUGGCGAUAGGCUUUCCUCCACUAUAUUUUCUUUGUCUCGAAUUAUUGGCCCUACUUCUAUGGCUGCGCUUACAACUGGCAUCGCUGGUGCUAUAAUGCUGGCUUCAAAUGUGCUACCUUACAUUCAAAUCGGAGUAUUUUUGGUUGUUGUAAUGAGCGUAAGUUGGUUGUACUCUACUUUUUUUCUGAUGAGUUUAUUAAAAUUGUUUGGUCCGCAAUACGGAUUUAUGCAGUUUUCAUACCCAAAAUGGAAAAAUAAUUCAAAAACCCAUAAUACUGUGAAAACUGCUAAUGAAAGGAAAGAAAGUCAUGUUAAUGUCACAGAGCAAUUGCUUACUCCUUCGAGUUCAGCCGUUGGAGAGCUUGUCCAAUCCGAGUCACACGAACUGGAUUCCUUAACUUCAAACUCUUUAGUUAAAACAAUAAGCGAUUUGCAUAGAUCGUCUAUAGACUUUGAACAUAUCUACAAUAAGAAAUUCAAAGAAAUACCUAGUCCAUCGACCGGUAGUGCUGUAACAGUUGUUUUAUCAGAAGAUGCAAAUGCUAAGGUUUAAUAAAAAACUAGAGUGUGAGAGAGCUGAUAAUGUAAAUAUUUCAAAGCAUAUUUGAAUGCUAAAUAACAUAUAUUUAUAUUAAAAAUUUUUUAUGAAAAAAUGCAACUACCAGAAGAAUUCUGUGUUGACAAAUUUACUGCUGCCAUUUUUUAAAGAAAAAGUAGUGUUUCAUUUUUUCUCAUGAAUAUAUCUGUUAUAAAAACGUCUCAUUUUAAAUUUUAUUAAAUAUUCCUUUACUUAAAACAUGACUGAUAAAUUUAAUUCAUUUUAAAACUUAUUAUGUUGCUGGAAAUGAAUUAACUCAAUUAUGUAAAUUUUAGGAAAGGAGUUCUGAUAAGUACAAAUAAAAAUAAAAUUACAUCUUUUUAUUGAUACACUUUUUUUUUUUUGUAAGAUAUUUUGACGCACACAAAAUUUUUUAAAACAAAACUGGAAGAAUAAUUAUUGAAAUAUAUUUAAUUUUAAGUUAAAAUUUCAUUAUUCAAUUAUAUUAAAUCAGAAUACACAAAUUGUAGAUGUUAGUUUUUAUAAAUAGCAAGCAGAAAUUUUUAAUUUUAAAAAAUCGAUGUAUUGUAUUUAAAUAUUAAGUUUAUCAGUGUAGUUGAAAAUAAUGUUCGACAAACAUUCAUACAUUUAUUAUCUCUAUAUGAAUGUGCAGUUUUGAAAGAUGAAUAAUGAUAAAUGAAAGAAUAUAUUGAUCGUAUAACAUACAAAAAAAAAAUAAAAUUUUAGUCGUUACAAUAUUUGUUUCAAAAUAUAGACAUAUUACUGUAGUUAAAACUGAAAUCUCAUUUUAUUUCCUUGGAUGUGUUCAGCUCAAUAAGGAGUUAUUAAAUAGGAUCUCUUAAUAAUCUUCUGAUCAUUAAUUAUAUUAAUAACAUCACUUCAAAAUACUUAAAAUCGUUAAUUAUAACAUAAAUUAAUAUACUUUUUCUAUUAAAAUUUUCUUACAAUAUAGCAUUUCAAUUCAAUUUUUUGUAAAGUAGUAAAAGUUUUACACGUGAUAUAAAAAAUGUUCAAAAAUAAUUUAAGUUUUUUGCUAACAUUAACAAAUUAUUUAAUUUUUUACACCUUGUUUAAUAAUGCUAACAUAAUUAUAAUGUAAUUAAUAAAGCGUUAUUUAAGCUUAGUGUAGAAAUUCAUCUGCCUAUACUUUUGUAGUUAUAUAGGUCUUUUGAAACGAAGACGGUUCAUUUGUUUCGAAAUUUCAAUCGAAAACUCAUUCUUGAUUAUAAGAACUGAAUUUCUAUUUAAUUAACUAUUUUACUUUUUUAAAAUUUAAUUUAAGAAUAUUUUGAAUCUAAUGAGUAUUUAAAAAAUAUGAUAAAUGUUUCAAAUUAUAAAGCAUACAUAAG